UCUUAAAUAAAAAUAAUCUUUGCACGUCUUUUUUGACAACUUUUUUGAUUUAUGUAUAUAUUUUCCCAAGUUUUUGUGUUACAGUUUAUUUAAUGAAAGUCUAUUAAAUAUAUCGAAUACUUCUUUGUUAUUUUACUCUUGUAAUGCACACUUGUAAUCAACUGUUCAAUUUCAAAUGGACGGCAUCAUCACUGAGUUUCCAAAAGCAUUUACAGAGCUAGCUUCACAUUGUAAACAAAAUAAUUUUCAUCGUAAAACAAGAGAAGCUUGUAAGACAAAUGUGGCUAAUGUUGUAAGUUUAAAGGUUGCUAAAUGUGUUGUAAUUGGUAAUUUAUCAGUGGGAAAGACAAGCCUUAUAAACAGAUAUUGCAGAAACUUAUUUGAGAAAGACUACAAGCCGACUAUUGGUGUAGAAUAUGAAUUGCGCAAGUAUGAGAUAUUAAAUCAAGAAUUUCAUUUACAAAUGUGGGAUACUUCUGGAGAAGAACGUUUUAAAAGCAUAACUGGUUCUUACUAUAGAGGUGCCAAUGUGGUAUUUGUUGUUUUUGAUUUAUCAUCUGUAAAAUCGCUGACAAGUUCAAGUGAAUGGUUUGCAGCUGCUAUUGAAAAAACACAAAGCACAACUCCAGAACUUUUUCUUGUUGGAAAUAAAGUUGAUAUCAUGAAAAAUGUUGAUUUAGAAGAAACACGUGAAAUAGCAAUAAAUCUUGCAAAUGAACAUAAUGCUGAGUACUGGGAAGUAUCUGCAAAAACAGGAGAAAAUGUUAGAGAGCUUUUCACACGUGCUGCUGCACUAUGUUUUGAUCAAGCAGUUUUACGAGAAACUGAAAGUAUAUCUACUAAGAUACAGAUGGGAAAUGGCAAGUUAAUUGCAAAGGAUAAGACAAAUGAUAAUAUCGUUUUAGCACGUAACAUCGAAUGCAACGUUGAACCAUCAACACAGUUUUAUGAUAAAAAGUCAUCGAAUUGCUGCAAAUAGAUUUACUGUGUUUUAAUUUUUUUAUAAAAUUUUUAAUAAAUUGUUAAAGUAAAUAUAUAUAAAUAUUAAUAUAAUUUAAA